CCAGGCGAGCGCGGCGGCCGGACCGGGGCCAUGGCGCCCGCGCAGCGCCCGCUGCUGCCGCUGCUGCUGCUGCUGCUCCCGCUGCCGCCGCCGCCGCCCUUCGCGCGCGCCGAGGACGCCGCCCGCGCCAACUCGGACCGCUACGCCGUCUACUGGAACCGCAGCAACCCCAGGUUCCACGCGGGCGCGGCGGACGACGGCGGGGGCUACACGGUGGAGGUGAGCAUCAACGACUACCUGGACAUCUACUGCCCGCACUACGGGGCGCCGCUGCCGCCGGCCGAGCGCAUGGAGCACUACGUGCUGUACAUGGUCAACGGCGAGGGCCACGCCUCCUGCGACCACCGGCAGCGCGGCUUCAAGCGCUGGGAGUGCAACCGGCCCGCGGCGCCCGGGGGGCCGCUCAAGUUCUCCGAGAAGUUCCAGCUCUUCACGCCCUUCUCGCUCGGCUUCGAGUUCCGCCCGGGCCACGAGUAUUACUACAUCUCUGCCACACCGCCCAAUGCCGUGGACCGGCCCUGCCUGCGGCUGAAGGUUUACGUAAGGCCAACCAACGAGAGCCUGUACGAGUCCCCAGAGCCCAUCUUCACCAGCAACAACUCGUGCGGCGCCCCACGCGGCCGCCGGCUGCUCCUCGGCGCCGUCCCCGUGCUCUGGACCCUGCUGGGCGCCUAGGCCACCCCUGGACCCUGUGCGCCCGUGCUGCCCGCCGGCCGGGACGCCCCCGGGGCAGCCAGGACCCCCCGCGCCCGAGGGACUGCGUGUCGGCGAGCCCUGGCCUGGCCGUCCCGUUCCGUCGGGGCCUGGAGCAUCUCUCGGCGAUUUUUUUUCGGUGCGUUUUUCCCGGUUGGAGCAGAAAGACUUGAGUUUUUAAUUUAAUUUAUUCCUUGCUGUCGCCCGUGACUUUGGGAAGGGGACGAUGGAUGGGGUGGGGGUUCAGGGGACCGGGGACCCCGGUGCUGUAUGUGUUGGGUCCCGGCUGGCUCCCACCACGGACCCCCCCAGGUGCCCCAGGCUGGAGAGGCGCGUCCCCCUGAAUGUGGUCUGGGGGCCUCAGACCCCCACCCUGCUCACUCCUGAUGAGCGUCGCCCGGAGUGGAAACCCACGACCUUCCGCCCGAGGCCACCGCGGAGCCGCGACCCCUCGGAAUCACAGCGCCCACGUCCCCCGGUCCCCCGCGGCCUUGCCCGAUCGCCCCCGAGGCCAAGAAGACGUCACAUUUCUGUAAAUAGAGCCAGCAAGUAUAUACUGUGAUUUAUUUUUACUGUAUUCCUGAGGACGGACUGGAAAAUUUCUUUUUUUUUUUUCCCCCCCUCACCCCUUCAGAGGGGGCUUUUAUUUUGGCGGGGGGGUGGGGUGGACUUUUUAGAAUAGAAGCCGCACUUCGCAAUAAGCUCGUUCGUCUGUCGGAGCCCCUCCCUCUAUUCUGUGACCUGAUAAUGUUUAUAAGAAAAAAGAAAACGGGACAAAACAGGAUGGGGGGGGUGGGACCACCACCCAAACACACCCCCCCCCCGAGACACUUUAAUGACGCAAAUGGUGCAUUUGUACAAAUUUCAUAUUUCUACCCGCCUUUCCUGAUCUGUGUUUUAUAUAUAUUAUAUAUAAAUAUAUAUGGGGUGCGGCCGCCCGGAGACGGCCGGCCCGGGGGCUUUUGUAGGGCUGGCCGCGGGGCCUCCCCACUCCCGUCACAAUCAACUUUGGAUUCUGUAUU